AUGACCAAUCAUUUAGCUGAAUCGCCUCCUCCUUCGUUACAGGCACCAAUAUUCAAUCAGACAAUCAGAUUCCUGAAAGUCAGCUCCACCGUCUGCGUGCCGGGAAAACCAGUCGAAAGGAAUCUGGAUGCUAUUGUGAUCGUCAAGUCCGCUGCCUACAAUUUUGCAGAUCGUAAUCGUUUACGGAAUGCUUUUGGUAAGGAAAAACAGCGUGAGCCUGAAUUCCGCAUGGCUAUGGUCUUCUCCGUGGGACUACCACGCAGCAGCGGAGGUCGGUUCUUCCAACGUGACGGCUUUAACAUCUCACUGCCAGAUAGAGCAGGUGAGGCCAUGGAGGAGAUGCAAACAAAGAGGACAGAAGUUCUGAGAAAUCUGACAGAAGAAGCCCGACUCAACGGUGACCUUGUACUGUGUGACUACGAGGACACCUACUAUAACCUCAGCCUCAAAUUAUUCCACACGUACCAAUGGGCCUCUAGCUUCUGUCGGCCGCAUUUCACCUCCCAACAACGACCUCCUGUCUUUAUCUUCCUAGAUGAUGAUUUUGCUUUCAAUGCAAGGCGUAUGAAGGUCGAAUUGGGGGCCCUCACGGACGCGCAGAUACGACGAGUGAUUUGGGGCUUGCCGCGUAAUCACUCACCAGCAGUUCGGCAUUUGGAUUCAAAGCGCUGGGAAAAGUGGUCCGUCUCCAAACGUGAGAUGCCCUGGCCUUACUACCCGCAUUUAGCCCCCGGCUGUUUUACCGUCAUUGGCGCUGAUGUUCUCCAGGAAAUUGCGCUGGCCAUGUAUUUCACUCUACAGUUUCCACUGGACGAUGCCUGGUUAGGCAUUGUCAUGACAAAGUUAGAUCUUGAAUUUCAAUUUCAUCCGCGCAUGUACAACAAAUGGCCUAGGGGUGUUAGAAAAAAUUCGGUUCUGUUUGCACCCCUAGACUACCUCCUUACUUCAAAAUAA